CUUAACCUUCGGGCUGCACCGCCACUUGGUCGCAUCUCAGCAGUUUACUCUCUAAGCUUUUAACAGGUUUGCCCAUUAGAAGUAGAAGCAUUCACAUCGUAGGUGGUGCAUUAAACAUCAUGAGUUGUGCACAUGAGUACUAAAAUCACUCUCUUGAGUUGCAAACUAAAGGUUUUUGUGUCGAAAGUAUGCACAUUUAAGCAAUGGAGACUUAACAAGAAGGACAUUGUGUGACAUUGCUGACAUGUUUUUUUUGAUGACGUUACCAUUGUGGAAGUUGCUGUGAGCACAGUUUUUGGGGUCAAGACAACAUUGUCUUUGUUUAUGGGUUUUCACCCAUAUCUCUUAAUUCUUGUUUAUCCACAAAUAGGAUGAGAGUCAAAUGAACUCUUUCUCUUUUUUUUUUUCUCUUUUUUUUCUCUCUGCCUUCUUCCACAACUGCUAUCUAGUCAGCUGAUUGUUCCAUUUUGUACAAAGGCUCUCCAUUGAUUUGUUUUGCACAGAAUAGUUUGUGUGUAUUUCAUUGACACUGUGUAAGAUGUCAUGGGAUUUAUAGUGGUUGCAUUAAGUUGCCUCAAAAAAUGAGUUGAAUGGAGUUCAUGUAGCUAAUUCAUAUUUUGAAUAAAUAAUGCAUGACCAUGCAUGUAGACAUAUUUGUUCCUCUGUUAGAAUAAUAUUAAGAGUGACGUGAUCUCAUUGUUAGAGGUAGGCUGGCUGGAGGUUAGAUGUUUUCAUUGUGUACCUGUGACUGUGAGCAAGGAUAACUGAGAAUGCAAGGACAAAAUGUGCAUGUGUGUGGGUGUGCAUGUAAGACCGUGCACAGGUAUGAGACAGGGAGUCUGCUUAGUAUGCUUUUGUACUUUAAAUCAUGUGGAUGCAACAUGCGGCAUCAAUUCUGGCACUUGGUUCAGCCAAUAAGGGACCCGCCUAGCUGCCUGCAUCACAUUGCCAUCAGCCUGUACAAGCAGAGCGCAGGCGGGGCUUAGGGAGACAUUUAGUUUGACAUUGUAAAUAAGCAGAGAGCAGUUGUCAGAGAGCAGCCCGUGGAAGCUUUCUCAUCCGUCCAGCAGCAGGAGAAGUAGAGACCGCUUGAGGACAGACAAUGGCAAGAUUAGAAGAUGUCUGGAGAUGGUUUUGGAGCCACGGGCAGCGAUGCCCAGCAAACACUGCAGUCCUUCUGGCCUCGUGUCAUGGAGGAGAUCAGGAACUUGACUGUGAAGGAUUUCCGUGUGCAGGAGUUGCCUUUAGCCCGAAUCAAGAAAAUCAUGAAGUUGGAUGAGGAUGUGAAGAUGAUCAGCGCAGAAGCUCCGGUCCUGUUUGCCAAAGCAGCUCAGAUCUUCAUCACAGAGCUCACCCUCAGGGCGUGGAUCCACACCGAGGACAACAAGCGACGCACACUACAGAGGAAUGACAUUGCCAUGGCAAUAACAAAGUUCGACCAGUUUGACUUCCUGAUUGACAUCGUGCCCCGGGACGACCUGAAGCCCCCCAAACGACAGGAGGAGAUGCGUCAGUCUGUAGCUCCAGCAGAGCCAGUGCAGUACUACUUCACCUUGGCCCAGCAGCCCGGAGCCGUGCAGGUGCAGGGCACACAGCAGGGCCAGCAACCUGCUGCGCAGACAGCGGCGACCAUCCAGCCCGGACAGAUCAUCAUCGCACAGCCGCAACAGGGACAGAUGUUGCAAGGUGCCACCAUGCAGCAGUUACAGCAGGUGCAGGUGCAAUCACAGGGCACGCCCAUCACGAGUGCGCCUGUCGCCAUGCAGGUGGGUGAAGGCCAGCAGGUGCAGAUUGUCCAGGCUGCCACAGCCCAGGGUCAGGCUCAGACAGCUCAAGCCCAAGGCCAGACCAUGCAGGUCAUGCAGCAGAUCAUCACCAACACUGGAGAGAUCCAGCAAAUCCCAGUACAACUAAAUACGGGACAGCUGCAAUACAUCCGCCUAGCCCAGCCCGUCUCUGGAGCACAAGUGGUCCAGGGGCAGAUUCAGACUCUUGCAAACACCCAGCAGAUCACACAGACAGAAGUACAACAAGGACAGCAGCAAUUCAGCCAGUUUACUGAUGGCCAGCAAUUGUAUCAGAUACAGCAGGUGACAAUGCCAGCAGGACAGGAGCUGACCCAGCCAAUGUUCAUCCAGUCUACCAACCAGACAACUGACACACAGGUCACGCAGGUCAGCACUGAAUGAGCCCUGCCAGGAGACUUUCUCCUCUCACACAUACAGCACGCACACCAGCCCACGCGAUGCAGACGGAUGCCAUCAACUUUGACAAAAAGGACUCUCAAUAAUUCAUUUUAAGCACGGCUCAUUGCAACGAGGGACCUGAAAUCUUGUAACACUCAUGUUUUGUAAUAAAUUUACUACACUGGAUCAAAAACCAAAGGGACGCUGAUUGACUCUUUCACAAUCAUACGUUAUAAUCAUCCAAUCUUGUGCUUGUGUCACCCUUAUUGAAUGGAUGACUUUACGUUGUGCAUCCACUUCCACAGUCCCUGACAACAGUCUUUGCACAGACUAAAUUUAUUUUUCUUCCCGUCAUUUCCAACCUUUUACAGAUUUUUAGACUAUAAAGUGUUGAUUCACACCUUGCUCUUCAUUUGGAAAUGAAUUUGGAAAAUGUCCGUCUUUGUCUACAGAAGCUGCUCUAGGUUUAGGGUAGCCAUGGGAAGUUUAUUUUUAUUUUUAUUUUUUAAUUAUUAUUAUUUUUUAUUAUCAUUAUUAAAAAAAACCCACCUUACUCAUUGUUUGUCAUGUAGUUGGAUAAAACUAAACCAUAUACCUCAGAUAUCACUUUAUACACCAAGUCAAUCUAAGGGAUAGUGAAGAGGUUGAGGUUUAAGGAUAUUUUCAUGUAGUUUGUGUUUUCCAUAAUGAUGAUGACGCAUGACUUUACGUUGUAAGGGCUUCAAACUGUACAGGCUAUUUGUGAAUGUGAUGUUUGCGAUGGAAGCACACGCACAUUCAUCCUUACUCUUCUGAUUAUUCUCCCCCCCCAUCCCUUUGUCCUUAGAGUGGGGAAACUUUUUUCUGCCUCUAUGCAGUUUCACACAGCCCUCUCGGCUUGGGUGGUUUUCGAGUCUCGAGUCUUGUGCCCCGGUUUAAGUCUCAUGUACAAACACAUGACUCCGUCUGGAGGGGGAAAAGCACCCUUUUUAUAGAACUCUCCUUGUUUUCAAUGAGUGUUUUUCUUUUGGCUUAAAAUGAUGUUUGGCCCGAUAUAUUGCCCAUUAUUUUUUAUUUUUUUUGUACAGUAAUGAGUAUUAUCAAUGUUAUUAUUAUUGUUGUUUUUGCAUGUAGUUCAAACUGCCAGCAUGACAUGCAAUAGAUAGGUACAAUUUUAUUUUUGAUGUUCCUGUUUUUUUUGUAAACAAACUUUGUGACGAAAAAAAAAAUUAAAAGCCAUACCUUCUCAA